ACAACCGCGUGUUAUUAUCACUUCCCAACAGCUUCUGCCCGGCAGUGAGUCCACCGACGACCAGCAUUUAUUGGACUGCUGAAACAUCCUGAGUUGUCAUGAAUCAAGAAAAGCUUGCCAAACUUCAAUCACAGGUCCGGAUAGGAGGGAAGGGAACCCCUCGCAGGAAGAAGAAGAUUGUCCACAGAACCGCCACAGCGGAAGACAAGAAGCUCCAGAGUUCUCUGAAGAAGUUGGUGGUGAACAACAUUGCAGGAAUAGAAGAGGUGAACAUGAUCAAGGACGACGGCAUGGUGAUCCACUUCAACAACCCCAAGGUGCAGGCCUCGCUGGCGGCCAACACCUUCGCCGUGACGGGCCACGCCGAGACCGUGCCGCUGACGGAGCUGCUGCCCGGCAUCCUGACCCAGCUGGGCUCUGACAGCCUCAGCAACCUGCGCCAGCUAGCGCAGCGCUUCCCCGGCCCCCGGCCAGCAGCAGCACUUGACACACAAGCACGCCAGCAGGUGUAUGACGAAUAUGAAAAUGUUCCAGAUCUUGUACAGGACUUUGGCGAGGCUUCCAAAGGGGAAGACAACCAUUGAAUUAUUGAAUAACUGAUGAAUGAAAACAGAACUGCUCUUGCCUCCAACCACGAUACAAAAGCCCCUUCUGUAUACCUGAGAACAGGUCUGAGAUCAGAUGUAGACUGAUGAAAUCUCGCAUGGACCAUUUUGCCUUAGACAUGUCUUCAAAUGUUCGAAGUGUUACCUGUGUUGAAGAUAUGUUAUGCUUAAAUUACAAUAAAAGAUA